AUGGAAGAAGAAGAGUGCAAACAUAUUGUAAGAGAAACACAUGAAGUCAAAAGAGGCCUAGACGAAGAUGGAAAUGCAACCGUAAACCAAUACUCUCUAAUUAAAAAUUUAGGAGAAGGUGCCUUUGGAAAGGUCAAAUUAUGCAAAUAUGAAAAUAAUUUAUACGCUGUGAAAAUUUAUAAUAAAGCGCUGCUUCGGAGAAAGCGCGAUUUUCACAGAAACCAAAACGGCGAAAUGACAGCAACAAGUGCAAUGCAAGACGUUGCAAGAGAAAUCGCUAUGAUGAAGAAAUUUAAUCAUAUCAAUGCUGUAAAAUUGCAUGAAGUAAUUGAUGAUGACGAGAGAGAUAAGCUGUAUAUGGUCCUUGAUUAUUGUGGAAAAGGAGCAAUUAUGGAAUGAAACCCUGACACGAGCUCAUUUUAUUUUCCUUGAAACCCUUCAGGAGUUCUUAAUCCCACCUUUAAGGGUGGAAGAGAAGUUUUUUUUUGAAAAAUUUUUAUAUUAAAACUAUAUACAGCUUCCUUUUAAGAUUUACAUUAAGAGCUUUUUUGGGCUUUGGACCUGAAAUACCAGUAUCUUACUUACUUACUUAAUUAAUUAUCUGGUUUUUAAGGUGUCUAGUGCCGCAGCCCAAAAGGGCCUAUGGCAAAACUAGUGACGUAGGCGAGCCAUCUUGGAACAGGUCAGCCCUGGCCAAGCCUUUUAUCAACUCCUGCUUCACCAGCUUGCUGCACGUCUCACCCGGCGCGAUGCCGUCGCCCUUGUCUCGACUCAGCUCCUGCGCGUGUUCCGCCUAAGGGUCAUCUUCCCGUUGAGAUGUGCUGAGAGGUAAAACCCCGAAAUCUUGAGAGGACUGAGGAGCAGUUCCUCUGGUUAUCCCCAGAGUUAAACCGCUAUUGCUGUCCAGAAGUUCUCGAGUGAAAACCUAACCCCAUAAAUAAAAUGGCAUUCGGUUCGAGAGAAAUUAGCUCUGCUAAUUUUCUCUCCCUCAUGGAAUUUUAUUUAUGAAAUGCCAGUUCAAUAAAAAAUGUAACGUUAUAAGUUCGACAAACCAAAUCGUUUUUAACAGGCUUUCCAACCGCCAAAUAACAGUGGUACUAUAUGUGAUAAUUCAAAAAUUAACCUAAAAUACAAAAUGGCGAAGGAAUAUCUAAAACGAGUUAUAAUUUUUUUAAAUUUUAGAAAUACAAAUUUGAAAAAUAUUUAAAACAAAAAUCUUAUGGCAGUCAAGCAAAGAUCUCGCUAUAGCAAUUAUUAAUUAUAUAUAAAAAUAAUAAUAUUAUUUUAGAAAAUCUUUUGCUCACUUAAAAGGGAUUAAUUUUCCAAAAAUAUAGGAGAGUUAGAGAACAGCAGCUUCGGAAAUUUUUUAGAGACAUGGUUUGUGGAUUGGAAUAUUUGCACUCUCACAAUAUUGUCCAUAGAGAUAUAAAACCUCAAAAUAUUUUGCUUACAGAUGAAUGGAAUGUUAAAAUCGGAGACUUUGGACAAGCUCAAAUUUUUGGAGAUUCAGAUAGACAAAGCAAAACUAUUGGGACUUAUCAAUUUUUCCCUCCAGAAUGCUGCUCUGCGGAGUCGGAAGAUUUUUCUGGGAAAGCUGCAGAUAUUUGGGCUUUAGGUCUUACAUUAUAUGCGCUAGUAUAUAAAAAACUUCCAUAUACAGCUGAUUCUUUAGCUGGAAUUUUUGAAGCAAUUCAGAAUUUCCAAUUGGAAUUUGAUCCAAGUAUGCCGAUUUCAGCUGAAUUGAGAUACUUAAUUGGAAGGCUUCUCGACAAGAAUCCGGAAACAAGGAUAAAAAUGUUUGAAAUACUGCAAAAUCAUUGGAUAAACAUGGACUGUAAUCCACUUUGUCCAACAGUGGCAGCUAUGAGUGAGCCAACUGACGAAGAAAUAUGUGUAGCAUUAAAACCGAUACGAAGCGUUGUUUUUGCAGUAAUUGCUAUUUAGAAAUUAUACGGAAGAAAAUGGAAACUGACUCAUCUUAUAUAUUUAAAAUUUAAUCAGAUUUAUUUUAUUAAGUUUUAAUAAUUUUUUAUGAAAGUAGAAUAUAAUUUCAGGGAAUUUAGAUAAAAUAUAUACAUAAGUCAUUCAAGAAAACAAUUUAUAGCAUUUCGUUAAUACGUAGGAGUAAGGGCCAAAAAUAAAAGCAAAGAAUAA